UAAAAGAAUAAUUUGUGUAUAUACUUAACAUUACGGAUAUUGGAUAAAAACACUCGAAUAAGAGUAUUCGGAAAUCAAGAGUCAAAAGCUGACGACACGCGCCGCACUUCCUUCGAUCGGCGCGUGCUGUGCACGUGUUCUCAAUUAGACUUAUAAACGGAGGCAUUCGGCUUGGCGUAAUGCACUUGUCGGACAAUUAGGCACAAUUAGAUUGAAGAGAAAACACAAGUAAGUGCAGCUAGUAAAAUGUUUUCCAUGGACAAUUUCGACUUGGAGGCGACGAUGGCUCGUCACUUCUUCGAGGGUUCGCAGGCAACGAAUGCCUCGAACUCCAGCUCAGAAUAUUUUUUCGGAGAUGAUCACAGCUCGGAGAGCGAUGAAGAUGACGAUGCCUACAGCAGUGGCUUCAACAGCGACCAGGAGAACAACGAAAAGACCCGACGCAGUCAUAAGCCACGCCGCUUGAAGUGCGCCUCCCAGAUGGCCCAGCAGCGGCAGGCGGCGAACCUACGGGAGCGACGUCGCAUGCAGAGCAUCAAUGAAGCCUUCGAGGGUCUGCGCACCCACAUACCAACAUUGCCCUACGAGAAGCGACUGAGUAAGGUGGAUACGCUUAAGCUGGCCAUCAGCUAUAUAACAUUCUUGAGCGAGAUGGUAAAGAAGGAUAAGAACGGCAAUGAGGCUGGGCUGAGCUUGCAGCGCAACUAUCAAAAGGAGCCGCCCAAGAAGAUCAUACUCAAGGAUCGCACCGGCGGUAUGUCGCAUUCGCUAUCCUGGUACCGCAAGGGCGAUCGCUAUCCGGGCAGCAAGCUUUAUGCACGCACAUGGACACCAGAUGACCCCAAUGGAGCGACCAAUCAACCUCCGAUUCAGCCGCUCUAUACCAACAACGCUGCAAAGAGCAGCGGCUGCAGCAGCAACAACUCUAACUCUAGUCAAAAUCACAAUAGCAAUCAGAGCAGCGAUGACUUCAAUGCCGGUGCUAACUUAAGUGAUGCUGCAGCUGCUGCGGCUGCCGCAGCACCGAGCAUAUUUGGCAGCGGAGGUGGUCUUUAAGAGAAUAUUCUUUAACUAUUGCAAUGCAACGCUCAUACUAGUCAAGCAUGCUAGUCAACGAUAUGGUAGUGGCACCUUAAACAGACA